AUGUCAAAAUUGGGUCCGUCCCAAUCCAACACCAGCUGUUUUAGGGUUGCAUUGUCCCUCCUCUCAACCACAAUAUUACUGUGUGGUGUGUUGACCUCAUGUUCCUUUGGCAUUACGAAUGGUGCUUCUGCUCAACAACAUGAAUCUUCUUCUUCAAUGUUACUCGUCAAUCGAACCUUUUAUAUUGAUCCUCAACAUGGUCAAAACUCUUUCCAAUGUUUAAAUCAUUCCGACCAUGAAAGGAAUGAACCAUCUUCCAUCAUACCAUGUCUCUCACUCGACUAUGUGAUGCAACAUGUAAACACGACUCUCAAAUACAACAUCAUGCAUGUGAUAUUCAUGUCCAGUGUGGGUUCCGUCACCACUGAAACGGAAAAUGGACCUUCUAGUUCUUCUUCAUCCUUUUCGUCCUCUUCUUCAAAGUCGUCCAUCAUCACCCUUUCACAACAACAACAACAACAGGCGAAUUGUGGACCUCUUUUUCAAAAACAACUUAAUUUUUACGUUCAGGUAUUGAAAAUUAGUGGAAUAACGAAUAACAGAACACCAGAGGAGGAAAUGAUGAGGAGUGGCCAUCCAUCUGUUUCGUUGAAUUGUAGAAAUGUAAAUCUCAUUUCAUGGAUUUCACAACAUGGUCCAGAAAUCGUGUUGGAAUUUUCCAAUCUCGUAUUGGAUGUGCAAGUGAGUCAAGCACAACUUGUCAUUAGAAAUUGUUUGUUGAAACAGUUGAGUUGUCCCUAUUGUUUUUAUGUUCUAAUGGAAGAUAAUUCUUUUGAGGACCUUGUUGUGUUUUAUUCCAAAAAUGUCAAAAUUUCAAAAAUGACGAGUAACAAGUCUCAAAAUUUAUUUCGUCUCCACGUCUAUGAUAAUGUUCUCAUACAAGAUUCAACACUCAAUGACACGGUCAUACAAUUAAUUCCAAGUAGUCAUGAAAGCUUAACAAUCAUUGAACGUUCAACAUUUUAUGGAUCGUUGCUUGUAGGAGUCGCAACCUCAGUUAAUUUACAACAAAAUACUCAGUUCUAUCUGAGAGAUUCCUCACUCUACUACUCUAUUACAAUAUUCAAAGAAUUUACUCAUGUGAAUUUUACCAAUACGGUUCAUCGAUACAAUCUCGAUUAUGGAAUUUACCAAAAAAGGUUUGAAAAUUCAUUGAUCGAGCAAGAGAUUGCGUAUUUAGUGGGUGUUGAUUUUGCUACCAUGUCUGUUUCCUCAACCAAUCGAUGUGUGGUCAUUUUGGAUCAAACCUCUUUUCGGUACAUGACCACGACCAGUGCUGUGAAAAUUCAAAGUUCUGGAGUGUGGCUUUCAAUUUCCAAUUCCGAAUUUGUUGACAAUGAAUCAAGAACAUCUUCAGGAGGUGCCAUUUACUUGAAAAAUGUCUUUCAGGCCAUGAUUUCCAAUACUCUUUUUAAGAAUAAUCGAUGGUUGUCAUCUAGAAAUUCUGACGAUUCGACCAUAGAAGGAGGAGGAGCAUUGUAUCAUUACAAUACCUUACUUCUCAUUCAAAAUUGUGUAUUUUUCAAUAAUACUUCACACAAAUUUGGAGGUGCAGUAUUGAGUCAUGAUUCACAAAUAUUUCAAGAAAUGUCUUCGACCGCCUCUCAAAAUACAGCCAAAUUUGGAGGAGCAUUGGCAGUGAUUGGAACAAGAGAAACAUACAUUGCUUCGUGUGUACAUUCAGAGAACCAAGCCACAGAAAUUGGUGGAGGAUUUUUCCUCUCUCAAACUCUGUUGACAAUCUCCGUGAACAUUCAAGAAAAGAACCUCAACAAGAACAAGAACAACAACAACCCAUCUGAGGAUGCGUCCAUCAUGUUUUCAAAAAACAAGGCACGACAAUAUGGAGGAGGAUACUUUUUGGAGAGUCGAUUAAGUGUGGUUCUGAAUGGAGAAACAUUGACCAAGAUACCAAAAGAAAUGUGGAAAACAUUUGUGUCACUAGUUGUGCAAAAUAAUUGGAGUGAGGAAGGGCAUGGUAUUCAAGAAUUUGCAUCGUUUCCAGUUGAGAUUCAAUUGAGACAUGAAUGGGAUCAUUCUGGAGAGAAGUACAAUUCUUCUCAAUCCAUGAUUGCAACACAUUUAGGAAAGAAAUUGAAAUAUUCACUCGAGUUGAUGGACAUGUUUGGACAAGAAGUGCCAUUCGAUCAAACCUUUAUGAAGCUCGUUGGAGUGGAUGACAGAAUCUUUGCAAAAGUAUCACUCGAUCCUACUAGCAUGAGUAAUCACUCCUCAGCACGAACUUGGAACACGAGCUUUACGUUUCAAAUUUUUUCACAUUUCGCAAAUAUUGAGCUUAAUCCUUCCAAUAUGACCAUCAUUGUUGCUGCUCUUCAAUGGACACCAACGGCCUAUGAAAAAAGAACAAGUACCAAUGUUUCUCUUUCGACUUGUCCUCCAUUUUUUGAAAUUACUUUAUUUCAAUAUGAAAUUACUGGAAUUCCUUCUUUCUAUUGUGGAUUUCAAGCAUGGUAUUUGGUUCCUUUCAUUUUGUUAGUUUGUUUGAUGGUGAUAUUGAUAUUGACUUUGAGCUCAUGGGUGUUGUGGAGAAAAAUCAAAGUGUUGAGAAUGAAGGCACUGUUAUUGAAUGAAAAAGAGAAGGCAGAAAUGGAAUUGAAUGAAAAGUUGUUGAAUUUACAAGCAUUAUACACGUCAGAAUUGGAAAAUAAGCAUUCAUUUAAAAAUUGGUUGAUUAAGGUCGAAGAUAUUAAACUAUUGAAGAAAAUUGCUGAAGGAGGAAAUGGAAUGGUUUAUUUAGCCAAAUGGAAUCAUGUGGAUGUGGCAUUGAAGGCCAUCAAAAUAGAUGACAAUGAUUUGGAUUCUUCUGAAUUUGAACAUGAAGCAUCCUUGUUGAGUUCUCUUCGUCAUCCAAAUAUUGUGAAUUUUUAUGGAGUUUGUUUGGCUGAUUCUCAACAAUUUAUGGUCACUGAAUUUAUGCAAGGAGGAAGUCUUGACCAUUUAAUUUAUUCAUGUAAAAAGAAGACCAAAUAUUUGACAUUGUCUCAGAAAAUUCAUUUAUUGAAAGAUAUUUCAAGUGGAAUGUCGUAUUUACAUGAAGGAAGAGAUUCUGUGAUCAUUCACAGAGAUUUAAAACCUGCAAACCUUCUCUUGACAAAUGACAUGACUUGUAAAGUCUGUGACUUUGGCCUUUCUAAAUUAGCAAAUGCACAAAAUUCAAAUACUGGUAGUGUUGGUACUUUGUUAUACAUGAGUCCAGAGUUAUUGCUUGGAAAUGACUAUGAUUGGAGUUGUGACGUUUACAGUUUUUCCAUCAUUAUGUGGCAACUUGUAUUCGACGAAAAUGUUUUAUUUAAUUCUUCAAUUCAACGCUUUUCACAAUUCAAGGAUUCUUUGGUAUCCAUUGUAAAAUUAAUUGCCGAAGGACUUCGAUUGCCCAUCCCAAAACUCGACAAUGUUCAUUCUCCACACGUGUUGAAAUAUGUUCGAGAAGAAUUGUUAUCUUGGAGCCUCCAUGAGAAUUCUGUGGACUCUUUACAAGAUGAAAAGAAUCUUGUUGCUCAUGUUCAAGUAUUCAAUGGUUUAUUCAAGCUCAUGGCUCAAUGUUGGGAUGCAGAAAUUUCCAAGCGUCCUUCCUUUUCUUCAAUUUUCAAAGAAUUGACUCGAUUAGAGAAGCAACUGUUGUAG